UUCAUGUUCAUUCAUUUGUUCAUUCUCUCUAAUUUCUUUGUUCCCAAUUGUCAUCGCUCUACUAAUAUAUUUUUUUCUCUUCUUUUUUUUUUGCUCUAUCACAGUGUCAUUUUCAGUCUUUUUCCUUACAACAAAGUAUUGUCUUUAUUUAUUUUUUCUCAUGCCUGCAACUACACCCUUGUCGCUCUACAGGAGGAUAGAUAUCACCACAAUCACUCGGGAAAUCGUCAAGGGCAUCCCUGCUGGCUUGGUCAUUUCUCUUAACGCUUGGGCCGUGUCUGCUUGGCUUAAAGCAACCAUCCUAAUCAAUUCGCAGCCGCGAUGGCUCUUUCGCAAAAAGCGAUGGAGCGAAGGCGAGAUGCGUGCUAUCAGUUGCUACUAUUUGGUGGUAGCCUAUCUUAUGCUUCGUGUCGUACGCUUAACAUCAAGUUUGACUAGACGACCUGGUCGACCCUAUGGGGACUUCUUCCGCAACACUCGCCCUAUCUUAGGCAAAGUCGCCAUCUUUUCUUUAGUGACCAUGCUUCUAGACGAAUUCAUUAUGUUUUAUAUCCUGCGUAAAUUUGGACUCGAAAAACGAAGGAUCUUAAUCACAGGUCGGCCAUUGGAUAAAAAUGUUCAAGUGAGUGACGAUGACUGCUGUAUCUGUUAUGGAGCCAUGCUGGACGAUGAUGAUCUUGCAGAACAGGCUGAUUAUUCAUCCGGAUCAGCAGCUAGUCAGACAGGAUAUCUGAGUGAGGACACGGACUAUGUCCUUGAAAACUUUUGUGUGGUAAAGCAACAUGUUGCACACAGGGGCUGUAUCCGCAAGUGGUUCAAUUACGGGCCGAAGGGGUACAGGCCCAUGGACGCGUUCCGAAUCUUUAGCUGGGGUACAACUCUUCACAGUGCUGUUGCGGGUAUGAAUGCCCCAAGGGCCGUUGGCGGCCGAAUGGGUCUCGGCUGGCUUUUAUCAACGAGAGCAGCGGCAGCAGCAACAGCCGCUGGAGAGACAGGUGUUCAGCUGCGUGUACCGCUCGGUCCAGUCUCCGAUACGCCUGAGGAUGAUGUGACGGAAUUGAUCGGGGCAAACACACCAAUGGACAACGGAAAUAAUCCAAUCGAGCUCGAGCCCACGCAUCGGAUGGAGCCAGCAUCCCCAACUCAACAAAUGGGCUCAUCAUUACAGAUACAGACGCAGACACAGAUACAACAACCAACAUUGCAACCUAAUGAGCAUACACAUACUCAGAUUGAAGUAGAUUCGCAACAGCAGCAAACAGAGGAAGCAGUUGAUGUAGCAGAGCCAGUCUUGCGACCAUUAUUUACUCAGCAAGAUGAUUAUAGCCUGGCUCAAAAUGCAGGCCAUAAGACUUGUCCAGCCUGCCGUCAGCAACUGGUGCUCAACUUUGUGGAUCUUGCCAAGGGCCGAAAAGAGAUGGGAUAUAAACAAAAGUUGAUAGAGCUUGGUCGAGACAUGACCAAGUUUUCGGACUGGCGAGGCCUCAUCUUGCGCAGCCUGAUCACUGCAGGAUGGGUAGGGGUGACAAUCAUAGGAGGCAAGCUGAGAAUUGUAGCGGUGGACAAGGCCAUCAUGAAGCACCAACGAAAUAGGGCACUUGCAACGUUAUCUGCCCUCGCGGAAUCGUCUUAAAAAACAUAUACCAACAAGCAUCAACAUUUAUUCAUAAAUUUCCUAAUAUAUCAUAUAUCAAACCCUUGCCCAUAACUUUUGCACAAUGUCAAUUCAUAGACAUGAUAGAAAGUAAAAUGUCUGUUUAAAAUGACAAAAAAGAUGAGUAAGCACAAAUUUAUUUACAGUGCUCCGUGCACUUUAGUCAUGAUAAGGGUCCC